CAGCGGGGGCGGUGUCGCCGUACCUUCAGCUGGAUCAUCGUGAAAGACUGUGUGCGCUUGUCCAAGAUUCCGCAAGGCGUCAGAUGGGGGUUACGCGGCGAUUGCUGGUGUUUGCCGUUGUCAAUGCUGCGCGAACACAACUUUCCUCCGCGAUGUUCAGAUGUCGUCGGCAGACCGGCGAUUCCCGACAUCUAGCGCUCGCUUGCGCACCCUUCACUCGCGUCAAAGCGACAAGUCCCCCUGCCGUCGAGCCCCCGGGGUCCGAUCAAAGACCGCAAAGGGCCCCCGACUCACUCAGCCCCAGCCUUGUUCUGCGCUGACCGUCGUGCGCUAUCCCAGUCUUCGCUGCCUUUGUGCGGCGCCGCUCUUUCCUCUCUUUCCCGUGGAGCGUUUGUUCUGCGCUGUGCUGCUAUUGUCUUUCAUUCUUGCGCGUAUUGUCCCUUGUCGCCGUCGCUCCUUCCAGAUGAAACUGGCUUGUUGGCUAUUAUACGUCACCCCAACCACCCCUUUUAGCAUCGUCACCUCCUGUCAGCUUGCGGAGUGCAGUCAGCUUUGCGACUAACACACUAUCUUGUUAUUGCGACGUUUUGCGCAUCAUGCCACGCCAAAUUGGGGGGAUUAGGGGCGGUCUGACGCUGGAGAAAUUAGCAUCGUACGACGACGUGAUUACGGACGCGCUGGUCGACAAGGUGAGU